AGUGCGCGUGGAUCCACAGGGUUUCGAAUUGGAGGCAAAGGCAGCAUCCCUCCCUCAGUCAGAGGCUGUCGUCACGGCGACAGGAGGUGUCUGCUCCACGGCCAAGAGACGGAAUGCGAGGCGGAAACGGUCUCCGCAGCAACAAGAGCAUCCGAGGACUUCCAGGAUUCAAAGCAGGAGUGGAGAAGCUGAGGCUGCCGGGGGCUCGAAAAGAGGGGAACCGGGGCCAGUCUUUCAUCCACCACCUCCUCCCUCACUCCUCCUCCUCCUCCUCCGCUGCUGCUUCACUUUCUCUCUGAAGGACAGCUCUGAAUUAACCCUCCUUCUGACGGUGGGAGAGUGUGGCUGGACGGACGCUGAAAGGAAAGACAUAAAAGAGUGGGAUUGUGUGUGGGAACGGGAGAGAGAGAAGUAGGGGUGAUUGGGAGGUAGACGGCAUGUGUGAUGGUGACUGACGCCGCAACAAAACGGGAAGGAUGAUCCGAGCUCAGCAAAGCCGAAAACUGUAUUUCCGUCGUUCCUCAGGAGAGAGGAAAGGCAAACCUGCACGCACUUUCUACCACUGACCAGGGGAGAGGUGAGAGCGAGAAAGCGUGUCAGAGACCACUGCCUUAUGAAGUGUAUUUCCACGGGGGCUGGUGGGAUUCAAUUUGGUGUUGUGUCUUUCCAGAUUGUCUCUUCUGGCUGCGCCUUGAAGGGUCAACUUCUCCUCUUUUAUUCUCUUCCAAUUCUUCCUGAAGCAAAAGACAUGGAAUUGACCUUCUCUGAUGGCUUUUGAAGAAAGGCUAACAACUGGAUUUCACCAGUAAUCGAAGGAAACUAGAUUGAGAUCCGUCUUUAUCCAGCCAUUUAAUGAAAUGGGUGAGAAAUGUCUCUCUGACCCGGAGGAAAGGAUGCGUCAUUCCGUCUGACGCCCCUUGGGGGAUUACGUGUGAAACGUUCAUCAUAACACUUAUUAUCCAGUUCGAGGACAACUAAAGUUGGAAUAUUUCACCUUUUGGUUUGACUUUAUUUGACUCCGAACACAAGAAAAAAGACAAAUGUUGCAGAUCUAAAACAAAGAAGCACUUAGCAAGAAAAGCAUCUUUGGGAGUUUCCUUUUUCUUCCUGGAUUGGAUUUUACGUGGAUCAGUCGCUCGUGCAACUCUCCUUGCCAUGUCUUCAUGGAAGAGAAGAAUUUUGCGUCAUAGACAACCGCUUUCCAUCCAAAGUUACACCUAAGGACUCGCACAGGCACACUAAACACAUGCUGGGGUGAAAUGAGCCACGCUUCUUGCGCAUUUCGCUUCUUCAUCCUGGAGUUCAGUGUGUGUUCUUGGAUCUAACAGCCUAACCGUCCUUCAAUGAUUCCAGCACCUUCUGUUCCAUCCGCGUCUGUCCCAAGAUGCCCCGCAGUACACAGCAAGAGGAGGCUUGACCCCAGACCCAGCGAGGUCUCUCGGCUGCCCAGGCGUAUUUAAGAUGUUGAACCCUUCCCACGUGGCCCGAGCCCCAGAUCGGAUCAGUAGCACUGCGGCUCCCAGAGGCCCCAGACAUGGAUCGUGGCUCGGCUCGCCCCUGCCCUCAGCGCUCCGCACCCCGGCCCGUGAGCAGCCUGUGAAGGAUGUCCCAGAGCGGAGCUCCAGCCCGGGAACCCUCUGAGACCCCCAGUCAGAGAGAACAGAUCCGCAGCCACAUGAAGAUGGUGAUCAAGCAGCUGGAAGGAAUCCUCAAGGAGCUGAAAGAUGUGGCACAUGAACUGCGGGAGGUGGUGGGUCAGAUCGACAAACUCACAUCAGAUUUCGACCUGGAGCCCGACGACUGGACGGUGGCGACGGCGAGCAGCACGUCGAGCAGCGAGCGUGGCUUGGGUGAGGCUUUCAGACUGGACUUCCUCAGCCAAGACAUGCUCUCCGACGGCUGGGACUUCUGCAACUUCCUAGAGGCCUCCAACCGGAAAGCACAGCGAGAGGAGACGGAUGAGGGCCAGGGGAGGCCGUCAUCGUCCACCGCCAGCGUCUACUCACAGAUGAACGGGGGCCUCCCCAUCCCCAACGGACCCCUAAUCAUCACCCCGGACUCCUCCAGCGAGGAGGCAUCCAGCUCCACGCACAGCCAGAAAACCAGAGAACGCGUGCGCUUUAGCGACAAGAUCCUCUACCACGCUUUGUGCUGCGACGACGAUGAAGACGAGGAGGAGGAUGGUGGCGCCAAGGAGGACGAUAAAGGGGACUGUGGGACCCCAGACACAGACAGCGAGCCCAGUCCUCUGGCCUGUUCGCCCGCUGAACACCCGCCGGGUGUCUAUAACUGUCGAGAAACGGCGUCUGCGGGGCCCUCUCCUGUGAAGAUGCCAGGGAUGGGCUCUCACACUUUACCCAGGAAAGGUCUUCUCAAUCCCAAAAAACUGCUACGGAACAGCAGCACACAGACGGUUUCGGAUAAGAGCACUCAGACUGUACUGCCCUACGUCCCCGCCAAACAGAAAAACAAGGACCUCUGA